AUGACCAUCAUAGAACAACGACCCCGGUUUCCUCCAACAACGAAUUGCCCGAACCACAUGUUAUUGAAUCCAACUCAUAAUCCAAGUCGCCAUCCUGCUCUUACGAAUCACAGUAAUGCUGCAAUCUUUGUACCCCAUGACCUGUUCAUUAUUAAAUCGAGACCGGUCCGUGAUGUAUACGGAGUUGAGCCGCUGUAA